AUUGUACUUGCCUUUGAGUCAUGGUAUUGAAAUUAAGACUUGAAAACUUCAAAAGCACCUAUAAGUAGAAGAACAGUUAUUGCAUUAACACAAUAGGAAAUCAUUCUGAUGUUUGCUUCUCUUUUAAACAAUGUUGGUACUAUGUUGGUAAUGGUUGGUACUACAUUGGUAUUGACAUUCACAACUCCCUGUUUCUAUUGCAGAACUCAAUACAGGACUCUAUACAUGUAACUACAAACUGCUUGUCAUCAGCACUGAGUGAUUUCCACAGUCUUCAUGUCCUCCAUUUUGGCUCUGUACAUUGUCCAUGUGUCCCGGUGCCGUGCCGUUAGUGGACCCCUGCCCCAGGGGCGGGAAACUGACAUUACGCUCCAGUUCUGGGUUCAGACAGAGGAAAGUCUGGUUCUUAUCUUUAUUAUUGCUGUUGUUACUAGUAGUGGUGGUGACUACCGACUCGCUAAAGAUAGUGUCUGAGAAGACAGAGUCUAGGUUGAACGGGGUGCCACCGAAGAGGGAUUCCUGGCAGGUGGAUUUUGGCCGAUCGGUGGCUACCUCUGGGUCUCCUGGGGUUUGCUUGGUGGUGGUGGUUGAUUUUCAGUGUCUGGUUCUUCCAGAUUGUUCUGCUUGUUCUGCUGGCUCAUUGCGGUGAUCUCCUUUGAGACAUGACUGAGUCAUGGUAUUGAAAUUGAAACCUGAAAUGUUGUGCUGGCUACAUCAUGUAGAUGCUCUGUUACAUCAUCAGCAGUGAGUGGACAACUCAGGAAAAACGACUGGCUCCACUCUGCAGCCUCUGGGAUGUUCAUAUAUAUCACAGUACAAUGUUACCUGAACAAAUACUCUACUACACAUGUGUGUGGAGCCUCAGUCAUAUACCAUUGAAUUGGCAGAAAGUAUUGAGCCUUCGUCAAAAAUACUAGUAUUUUCUGAUUGUUCUUGGUGAAUGUCAGUUUUGUUUGAUAAGUAACAGACAAUAGGACUCAAGCGUAUAUCAAAUUGUCCUUCUGUUUGUCUAACCAACAUAUAAUGCCGAAAGCCAGAGCCGUGUAUUGUAAUAGAAGACUGCCUGUACAUUUCUUUAAAUUCUCUAUUCGUAGCAUCCUUUUCUGAGAGCUCUAUUUCACUCAAUAGUCGAAUAUGGUGAUUUAAAAAAAAAAGUUUUCUGAAUGCUUUGUACACAUGUGCAAGUGUGUGUACAAGGCACUGAACUGGAGAGAUAGGGCAGAAUGACUAUAGGCGCGGGUACGCCUACACUGCCCAGGUGAGGAAAAGUGCAGGGCUGAGGACACUCAUUUCUGUGACAGUGCGCACGUCCCGCGCUUUUACGCACGGUCUCUUUGCAGUAAUGCAUAAACGUUGUUAUGGUGUUAUGACACUAGCUUACUCUAUAUUUUAUAAUCAAUUAAACAUAAGAAAUUAAACUGGUUUACAUUUUGUUGAUGGCUAUAGCUUGUGGUAAAGCGAAUUAGAAUUCCAUUCUGAUUCGAAACAAUGUGCAAUGACGUGUUCCAUCUCUAUGCGACCGAGAGGGUCACAAUGCCGACGCUUCACAUGGAACUUCAGAACCCAAGAGAUAUGUCCAGAACUCUCAAUAAAUCGUCAGUUCUUGAUCGACAAACAACGAGAGAGACAGCAUUAUUAUGGCAAGCUUUUCAUUCAUCUUCCCUGAAGACAGACGUUGUUCCAUUAAGGAGAACGAAGUCAAUUCAGGGUGGAUGUCAACGGUGACCCAACUCAACGCCCUUGGUGGUCCAGAGUCAGAGAGUCAGAACAUUGUUCAGAGCUUUGCAGAGGUACUUGGUGACAAGUACCACUACGUGAAUGCCAUCGACAGCUCUCUACUCUGGACUGUUGGGUACACCCCCUACAUUCCCCCAGCUCUGAAAGGAAGAAGCUUCCCUUCUGUCGAGAGCUUCUUCCUGGAUGAGUGGGAGCCACUGACACUCCUGCAGACUCCUCAGGUUCUGUCCACCAGUGUUUCCAUCGAGGAAGACAACCUGAUCCAGUCUGCUGCAGGCCUAGUGUCUCAGGUUCUGUCCACCAGUGUUGCCAUCGUGGAGAAUGAACUGAUCCAGUCUGCUGCAGGCCUAGUGUCUCAGGUUCUGUCCACCAGUGUUUCCAUCGUGGAGAAUGACCUGAUCCAGUCUGCUGCAGGCCUAGUGUCUCAGGUUCUGUCCACCAGUGUUUCCAUCGUGGAGAAUGACCUGAUCCAGUCUGCUGCAGGCCUAGUGUCUCAGGUUCUGUCCACCAGUGUUACCAUCGUGGAGAAUGACCUGAUCCAGUCUGCUGCAGGCCUAGAGUCUCAGGUUCUGUCCACCAGUGUUUCCAUCGUGGAGAAUGACCUGAUCCAGUCUGCUGCAGGCCUAGUGUCUCAGGUUCUGUCCACCAUUGUUUCCACCGAGGAAGACAACCUGAUCCAGUCUGCUGCAGGCCUAGUGUCUCAGGUUCUGUCCACCAGUGUUACCAUUGUGGAGAAUGACCUGAUCCAGUCUGCUGCAGGCCUAGUGUCUCAGGUUCUGUCCACCAGUGUUACCAUCGUGGAGAAUGACCUGAUCCAGUCUGCUGCAGGCCUAGAGUCUCAGGUUCUGUCCACCAGUGUUUCCAUCGUGGAGAAUGACCUGAUCCAGUCUGCUGCAGGCCUAGUGUCUCAGGUUCUGUCCAGCAGUGACGCUAGAGUGAAGGAUCGUGAUGAUUCCACACUGAGAGACUCCAACCAACCUGAGGUCCAUGUGGCUGAUGUCUCAACCAAGAGAAGUAGACUAGUCAUCACUAUUUCUAUGUUUUCAACCGAGAGUGGCAAUGCUUCGGUCCAUGAAGUUGAUGCUAUUGCUACCAGCCUGGAGCACUCUUCUGAGAAAAUGUCGACCUCUACCGCUGAUGGCCACAUUGUUUCAUCCACUGCUGUAGCCAAUCAGAAGAAAACAAGGGGUGGAUUCCUCUCAUCUCUACGGAGACUGUUCACAAGAAAGAACAGGAUGCCUGCUAAAGUGGCUUCCAAGAAGGAGCACGUUCACUUGGUUGACCGCCUCAAUGCUGAAGUCACCCACUGAGGACACUCACUCACUGCUGAAGGCAUCCAGAAUGAUGCUUCUGUUUCUCCUCAACGCCACCUACACCCCUGCCCCUCUCCCCCACACCAAACCCUACCAGGGUUGAGGUGAAUUCCAGAUCAAUUCAGUCAAUUCAGCAAGUCAACUGAAAUUCCAAUUCCAAUUGUUUCUCAUAGGAGGCAAUGAGGUAAAUUUGAAUUGCUAUUGGAAUUUCAGUUUACUUACUGAAUUGACUGAAUUGAAAAUGAAUUGACCCCAACCCUGAUCCCCAAGCCCCCACCCCAUCCAUUUCUAUCUUCAGUAAAUUUUGUAGAAUUUUAUUUGAAGUUGUUUUGGAUCUUCAUUAAAACCACAAUACAUCUCUAAUGAGGGUCAGUCAUGUUACACAUCUAGAUUUAUCAUCAAAUAUUGUAGAAUUCAACAACAAAUGCAGUGGUUUAGCAGUUCAACUUCAGUACUUGUCAAUGAGUCACUGCACUGUGACCUUCAGAAACAUGUAACAUUGUGGAGAAACUGAAAAUUUUGCUGACAUUCGGUUACAAUGUAACUACACUGAACAAAAAUAUUAGCGCAACAUGUAAAGUGUUGGUCCCAUGUUUCAUGAGCUGAAAUAAAAUCCUAGAAGUGUUCCAUAUGUACAAAAAGGUUAUUUCUCUCAAAUGUUGUGUUUACAUCCCUGUUAGUGAGCAUUUCUCCUUUGCCAAGAUAAUCCAUCCACCUGCCAGGUGUGGCAUAUCAAGAAGCCAAUUAAACUGCAUGAUCAUUACACAGGUGCAUCUUGUAU